GGGCCUCGGGUUUCUCUGCCUCACUCAUCCAAGCUCGACUCCGGAACCUGCAUGCAUACAGGUACACAAACACAACACACACACAUACACUUCGUUGGUGGUUGUUGGAUCCGUGACCGUGAGCAUGGCGGUGCUCUGUAGCAGCAGCUGCUGCAGCAGACCACUACUGCAAGGGAUGCUCCUGCUUGCCGUCCUCCUCCUUGCUUCCAUCCAAGCUGGUCCGGUCAUGGCGGCGUUGGACGCGCAAGAGGUGCAAGCCUUUGGUGACAUGUUCCAUAAGGCCUUCGACUACGGGGGCAAAAAGUUGGCGACGGAAGUGAGCAGGCGGCCGGGCAUGGAGAGAUUCGGCAAAGGCUUGAAGACGGGGUUCACCGUCGGCUUAAGUACGAGCGCAGACCGCAGAGCACAUGGAAUGAUGGACAAGCACCAAAACACCGGCAUGCCGUACGUCGUCGACACCAUCGCCACCGCCACCGGUCUCAGGCUCAAGGUCGUCACGGUUGACAUCACCGCCACGCCCGUCGCGAGGACCGGCUUAUGCGGCACCGGCACGGCGGUGGCGGCCGGUGGUACUGGUACGCAGAUCAUCCGGCUGCUCGGGAGCAGUGAGGGUGAGGCCGUUCUCCUCGCCAGACCCUUUGCUGGGACGCUCCAGUACUGCGCCGGACCUCAAGGGGCCGUGCUGGGACUCGGCCGGGGCGGCGAGCUGUCCAGGAACUUGCGCACGUUCUCCUACGUGACGAGCACAGGCAACACGGUCGUCUGGUUCCCGCAGCCGCAGGUAGCUGGUACUACUGGUGCUAGUAGUAUUACUCUGGUUCCCAGCAAGUACCCCAACGACGGCCGCUACUACGUCCGGAUGACGGGAAUACGGGUCGGCGACCAGCAGCCUAUCGUGCCAACCUCGACGGCGUUCAACCUCGGCCGACCGCCGCCGCCGCCGUUGUACCUGUACCUGAGCACCACCCAGCCCAACACCUACAUCGAGAGCAACCUGUACGAUCGCCUCAGGAACGCCAUCAUUCAGCAGAUGGGGAACCCGUGGGCCACGCCGACGUCGUCCUCCCAGCUCACCGCCGGCAAGCUGUGCUACGCGGCUGCGGCCGCGUCGUCGCUCCCGCGCAUCGCAAUUCUCCUCGCCAACAAUAACGGCGACACGACGAUGGAGCUGGGGCUAAGCGGCGCGGCGGCCUGGUACCCAGAGCCCACCACCUCCAGGUUCUGCUUGGGAAUCCUGCCUGCUACGACGGAAGAGCCCGUCCUAGGCAGCAUGAUCCAGAGCGGCAAUAUCAUGACCAUCGAUCUCAUGGCCGCCGGUGGCCAGGGUACACUUACGUUCGAGGCAUAUAGAUAAGCUGUGUGUCUACUACUACGCACUGCAUGCCCUUUAUUUCGCUGUGGCAUUUCAUGUCGUUACUACCCCUACUCUCUUGUCAUCAAUAAAAUAAUGCGUGAAGGACUUGUUCAGUUGUGUGGUUCAGAUGUACUUGUAUUAUUAUUUCAGGGGUGUUUUUUUUAA